GAUCUGAGAAAAAGACAGAGUAAAAAGACAUCGCCAUGAAGGUACUCAUCGUUCUCCUUUUGGGUCUGACCUUGGCCCUCGCCGGCCACGAUCACCAUCACCACGAGUCCUAUGUGGUGAAGAGCCACGACGAUCUGGUCACCUAUCGCUCCUACUGCGCCGAGAAGGUUCACGCCGGCGAGGAGCUGGUGGAGAAGUACAAGAAGUGGCAGUAUCCCGAUGACGCUGUGACCCACUGCUACCUGGAGUGCAUCUUCGAGAAGUUCGGCUUCUACGACGCGGAGCACGGCUUCGAUGUCCACAAGAUCCAUGUUCAGCUGGCCGGUGGCAAUGCCGAGGUGAAUCACUCGGAUGAGACGCACCAGAAGAUCGCCCACUGCGCCGAAAGCCACAAGGAGGGCGACUCCUGCUCAAAGGCCUACCACGCCGGCAUGUGCUUCAUGAACGCCAAUCUACAGCUGGUGCAGCACAGUGUCCACGCCUAGGUGG